AAGUUAUAAAGGCAUCCAUCUACAUACCAAGUAACAAACCUGUUACUUCAACUCAUAUGAUUUACCUUUGGCACUAUUCUCAACAUUCGCAUUGCCAUUCCGUCAGACCUGUAAUAGGUAUUAUAGGAGAAAUACAAUCCUACCUAGAGAGGCGAGAGUUGCCACGGACGUACGUCAUAACCACCAAGCUCAAUUCCAUAAGCAUACCUAGGUCCUAGGUAUUAAAACAACCUACAACAUCACAUUACUUAGCGAAAUAUGAUAAUUCCUUCUCAAGUGUCAUAUAUGAACUAUGGAAUCCAUAAAGUCUCUCAGAAUCUCUGACGAGGCUCCAAGCCUCUUAGAUUUGCCUGCCGAUAUUCUUUACAUCAUAUUAGCCUACCUAGAUACGGCAAGGAGUGUUGCUCAUCUGGCAGCAACUUGCAAAGGGCUAUACCAUCUCGUCUCUGAAAGAGGAUGGCAAAUAUUUGUUACCAACCGCUUCGAUACCUUUACGCUUUCCCAAAUCUCGUCUGCUGAUGAGUGGAGGGCGCGGGCUCAAUCACUAACUUCGCAAUCGAGGGAUUGGGAUAGACACGGCUUUAUCGUCGACUCUUUUACCCCUGUGGUCCAGCAACAAAGGAGGAGUGGCACUGCCACCCAGUCUAUUCCUAGUAAUAUCAUAGUCGACGCCCACUACCGGCGCGAAGGGAAUGAUGUUCAGGACCUCAUAUUCUGGGGCGCCGGAGAAGAUGUAUUUGGCUUUAUACGGCAUCAGAAAGGACCCAAAGCCCAUACCAACGAAUCUUUCGCUAGGUUGGGUGAGCUGUCUGGGUAUCAUCCUGGAAAAGACGACGUCACUUGUGUGUCCAUACUCAAAGACAGCAAAUAUAAUUACGGCCAAAAGGAUGGGCCCCAAGUCCUAGUAGGCAGGGCUGAUGGCCGGCUCCAACUCUUGUCCAUGGAUUCUAAGGAUUUUGGCAAAGCGCUCCUGAGUUUUGAGGAUCUCAAUCCAAUACGCAAAGCUAAAGUUAAGACCGAAAUCCAGUCCCUUGACGUCAACUAUAAACAAGGCCUUCUCGCGGCCGCAACAAAAAACUGUAUCUUAAAUUACUCCCUCGACAAAGACCGACAGACAAUCCACAAUGCGACCAACCAAAGCCUUGACUCUUCGAAUUCCGUCUAUGCCGACGAUGACACCGGAUUAAAGGGUAAUAAAACUGUGGGCACUUUCGACUUCAUCCGAUCCGUCAAGUUCGUAAAUGACAACACCCUAGCGGUUGGCUUAAAUAAAGGGCCCAAGCCGCUUCAGUUUCUGGAAUAUACGCCAACGGGAGCUGUCAUAUCUCACCCAACUAAGACGAAAGUGCAAGAUAGAAUAUAUCGUAAUCAGCUCAAAACAGUCCGGGCGAUUUUGCCUGUAGAUAUCAGUUCGCUGACCAGCGGGGGCGGAAACGCCGUGCUCAGCUCAUGGGAUGAUGGCACAGUUCGUCUCCAAGACCUCCGUACACCCUCCUCGACCGACACGAUCUUCCAGGAUAAUUUCGAAGUCACGACCCCGAUCAAUGCCCUGCUAACCCGCGGUCUGGAGAAAUUCAUUGCUGGCAGUGCCCACAGCUCCACGUUGAAGGUGUUUGACUACCGCUGGCCAAAGGGCUACUACCAUACUGAAAGUUUGCCCUGUGGCAAUGACGCUCCCUACCCGAUGCCUCGUUCACCGUCUAUCGUAGAAGAGCCGUCUUUUCCUAACGACAGAGCUACAUGUGAUCAUGUGGCUGGUCUACGGUGUCGUUGGCACGCGCUUUCGCGACAUGACUUUUACCGUCCCAACUUUAAUAUGUGGCUCCCUCCAUUCAGGCGUAGAGAUAACUCGCCAGUAUACUCGCUCGCGUCGCCAUCAGACGAUUCGCCAACGGUGCUCGCAGGACUUUCAGGUAUCCUAGUCGAGAUCACUCCCAAAAGUAGCCCCGGGUCGUCGGCGUGGCCCUACAUCUGGUCUACCAAGGACGGCGUGCACAAACGACAUAGAGAGCGGGUAGCCCUUAUUGAGACAGGGUCUGGGUUCAAGGUAAAUGACGUGGCAGACAUACAACGCAUGCCCGUAAUCCACCAACAGAACUGCGAGAGUGCGAGGCACCUUCCUGGGAAUGCAGCCUGGCGAAAGCGGCAUCGGCUAGAUGUGUGGUUACAAUAGCUUAGCGGUGAGAUACAAAGCAACGGGUUCUUUUUCUCCUCUUUAGAAGAGAUGACUAUGUUACGGAGAUGUAUAAUAUUCCUAUACGUUAACGCUGUUGCUAGGAGGUGCUAGAGGGCCGUAUUUGUUCUUACGGUGGAUUUAGCAGUUCAGGCUACGGAAGAAACCACCCAUCUCCUACAUUGUAGAGUUAAU